AUGUCAGUGAUGGAGGUUGGCGUUGCCGUUGUUGAGAACGAGGCAGACAUUUUCGCCCGGUAUACAUUGGCGAUGCCGCUUUUUAACUUCCUUCUUGUCACCCUUCCCCGCAACGACGGUCCAUCGAUCCUCUUCACUGCGCUCACUGCACUGCAUCAAAUGACGUACGCCGGCUUCUUUGUGCACCUGAACGACAUGCUAUCUGUCUUGCGAUCGCGUAAACGUUGA